AUGGGUUCCAGAAUAAGGGAGAAUGUGAAACGCUUUUUCGAAUGUUUUUGCGAAGUUGUACCACCAACUGGGGACACUGAACCAUGGAUAAUUCAGCAAUUUCCAGAAAAGUAUAAAGAUCUAGAGGUUUUGAGGACUGUACCAAAAUUUGCUUAUCCCUACAAAUUUGAUAAUGAUGUUAUACAACACUAUUCCUUUGUGCUCACGGACAUAGAAUCAAAGUGGACAUUUGGGUUUUGUAGACAUGAUCCCAAAUCAGAAACAGCACUAGUAGUACUGAGUUAUCUGCCAUGGCAUCAAGGAUUCUACAAGUUUUUAGAUACAACAGCAGUAUUAAUGCAUAGUUCUAGAACUGAAGACCUCAGAGAAUUUUUAUCAGCUGUAUAUAAUGCAAAAAUACUAGAACCUGGAGGAAAAUUUCUGGUGUCUUUCAACAGGGGAGAUAGUACAUUUUCAGUUGAUGUUCCCAGACCAUUUCAGUUACCCAGUAUACCUGAAAAUAGAAACCUAACCGAAUACUUCAAUGCAGUCGAUUCCCAUAAUAUGAUGGUGAUAUUCGCGUCCAUGCUCUACGAAAGGAGGAUCAUUUUCACUUCAACGAAGUUGAAGAGGUUGAGCGCCUGCGUACAGUCCGCCAACGAUAUCAUUUACCCCAUGAUAUGGCAGCAUAUUUUCAUACCAGUGUUACCGAUGUCUUUGAUCGACUAUUUAUUGGCCCCCAUGCCUUUCCUCAUUGGAGUUCCUGAAGCAGUGUUCAAGCAAGUCCGUAGAAGUGAAAUAGGAGAUGUUGUGAUAUUAGACGCUGAUUCGAAUAAAAUCGAAUCUCCUUUUGAUGACCUCAAUAGUCUUCCUCAAGAAGUGGUGUCAUUUUUAAAAAAGCAAUUCAAGAACAAACAAUUAGGUGAUGGAGUGUCCAGAGCUUUUCUGAGAGCGCUGGUCCAACUGAUAGGAGGUUACAGGGAUGCUCUCAAAUUUCAGCCGGGCCAAAAAGUUACUUUUGACGAGGAACGGUUCAUUGAAACGAGGCCACCAUCUUUGCAGCCUUUUCUAAGAGAAAUGCUUCAUUUACAAAUCUUCCAACAGUUCAUAGAAGAGCGACUGAUGAUGUUGAAUACGGGCCAGGGAUUUUCCGAUGAAUUCGAGUUCGAACUUGAAGGCUACUCUGCAAAAUCGGGAUCCAAAUUGAAGCAGCAGUACAAGGAAUGGACAUCGACGAUGAAGAAAGAAGGAAGCGCUUUCUUCAAAAGCGUCAAAGAUAAGGCUAAUCCUGCUAUGAAAUCUGCUGUUAAAACGGUGAAAGACGGCGGCAAGGGCGUGCGGAGCGCCUACAAGGGCCUGCGCUCGAAGCUGAAGGACAGCCCGGGGGGCCAACAGGUGGGAAACGGCGUUGAGCACCGCUCGGCGCCCAAUUCGCCCACCGGCAAGCGCAGGACCGCCCCAGCGGGAUUCGGACCGCCCGCGGCCACCUACCGCAAGGAGGGCAAGAGGGCGGUCAAGAGUGGCGGCGGACAAAGAUCGUACAGCCCUCUGAGUCCAUCUUCGCAGCCCGUUUCUCCCGACUCUUCGGACACCCCUAGGAGUAGCAGUCCCAUCGAGAUACCCCAAAUCGAUUUGAUGGACGAGAUGGACGAUUUGUUUCAGCUCAGGCUCGAUAUGCCUCCAAUAGAUAGAACACUGAAACCGGUCCGCAGCCUGGAGAAUUUCAAGACCGCCCCCGCCCGCUUCUUCCCGCCCCACCUGGGUGGGUCGCAGGAGACGCGGAACCUGUUGCGGUCGCCGCCCGAUGACGCGUUCGCUUCCCCGCCCCCUUCGGUGCCGCCUCGCGCGGACUUGUACGGGGGCGGGGCGGGGUUCGUGGUGGGCGGGGCGAGCUUCGUGGUGGGCGGGGGGCGGGGCGAGAACGGCGAGCCGCUGUUCUAUGUCGCCGACAGGCACUCGGUCGAUUUGGUCAAGCUGUCGCCUCCUGUGUGUUCGCCUAGACGGAAGAAAAACGAAGAGUCUGAGGACCUAAUCCGACUAGACUCAACCUCGGACAUGGACGACUUCGAUCCCUUGAAAUCAUCGUCUUCGACAACCACCCCCGGUCAUUCCGACCACCUCCCGCUGUCGAUCACCAACCCCCUGUACUCGUACGAGAACCACACCCCCAAACGGGAGUGGACCAGCAAAGAGUGCAGCCGGAAAGACAGGGAUUUGCUGGAGGAGUACGGCUUGGACUUUAGCUUUACGAGUGUUCCGAAUCAGAACGGGUUGGAGCCCUUCAGUGCUGCUGCCAAAGUGAAUUUGCAGGGCCAGUGGACCAAGUUCGAAUCGUUCGCAAGUUUGUGA